AUGGUCGACUCCCGUUGGGAUGUCUUCGUCGAUCCCUCAUCUUCGCGUCACGGCUAUGGUGUUGGUGUUUGCACCCCGAGGUGUGAAAACGAGGGUGACGUGCGGGAUGCGAAGGAAGACCUGCUGCUAUUUGGUGACAUGGGAUGGGACGUUGGCCACUCUCCCCCGCCUCGUCCUUUUCCUUUCCUACCCGAGCGAACCUCAAGCACGACGGCAGUUGAGAUAAUCCGGCUUAACGGUGAUGGUCCGUACGAGACAAAGGACAUGGAUAUCGGUGGCCUAGGCGUACGCAACGGCGCUCGCGGCGUAGAUGCUCUACGUGGAACUACUACGGUCUCACCAGACUUCGACGAUGGUGAGGCUGAGGACUUUGGCGAACACCGUGUAGCUGCUGCCCAGGGUGGCAACGAAUCGUUCGUUGCGGCUGGUGGUAAGGACGAGGUUGAGGAGGAAGUCGGUAAGGAUGGCUGGGAGGAUAUCGACGAUGAGGCUGCAGCUGGAGCAGGUGGAAUGAGCAGCCUCUUUUGA